UCCGCAUUGUUCUCGAGCCUGAUAGGUGUUACAGGUCAGACUGUACACAAACACACAAGCUCACAUGACUUCUGCUUCACCAUGCCUUCACCGAGUCGCUCAGGAUCACGGCAUAUAAUGGAGCCCUCUAACUUGCAGAAAGCCAUAGCGAUUGCCACCAAAGCCUCGCAGGAGGAUGAGGCCGGGAAUUACGAGGAGGCCGUCAAGUCCUACCACCACGCUGUGAAGUAUUUCCUGCACAUCAUAAAGCGUGAGCCUCAGGGGAAAGAAGGAAACCAGAGGAUCCGAGACAAGUGUUCCCAGUACCUGGACCGAGCUGAGAAGCUGCAGGAAUAUCUAGAUGAGAAACAGAAAGCUAUAGAUCUGGCCAGUAAGGCGGCGCAGGAGGACAAGGCGCAGAAUUACGAGGAGGCGCUGAGGCUGUACCAGCACGCCGUUCAGUACUUCCUGCAUGUCAUCAAAUAUGAAGCUCAGGGGGACAAAGCCAAACAGAGCAUCAGAGGCAAAUGUGCGGAGUACCUGGACCGAGCGGAGAAGCUGAAGGAGUACCUGAAGAAGAAGGAGAAAGCUCCCGCUAAACCAGUCAAGGAGUCACAGUCCGACGAGAAAGGAAACGACAGCGAUGACGGAGAAGAUCCAGAGAAGAAGAAAUUCCAGAACCAACUUUCAGGGGCCAUCGUCAUGGAGAAACCGAAUAUCCAGUGGAACGAUGUCGCUGGACUCGAAGGAGCCAAAGAGGCCCUGAAGGAAGCCGUUAUUCUGCCCAUUAAAUUCCCACACCUCUUCACAGGUAAGCGUACUCCGUGGAGGGGGAUCCUGCUCUUCGGUCCUCCUGGAACAGGAAAGUCGUACCUGGCCAAGGCUGUGGCCACUGAGGCCAACAACUCCACCUUCUUUUCCAUCUCCUCCUCAGACCUGGUGUCCAAGUGGCUGGGAGAAAGUGAGAAGCUGGUGAAGAACCUGUUCGAGCUGGCCCGAGAACACAGUCCAUCCAUCAUCUUCAUCGACGAGGUCGACUCUCUGUGCGGCUCCAGAAGUGAGAACGAGAGCGAGGCGGCUCGCAGGAUCAAGACCGAGUUCCUGGUGCAGAUGCAGGGUGUUGGGAAUGACAACAAGGGAAUCCUGGUGCUCGGAGCAACCAACAUCCCAUGGACACUCGACUCUGCCAUCAGGAGACGAUUUGAGAAGCGCAUCUACAUCCCCCUGCCAGAGGAACACGCCCGCUCCUUCAUGUUUAAGCUGCAUCUGGGCACCACGCCCAACAGCCUGAACGAGGCCGACUUCGUCACUCUGGGCAAGAAGACCGAGGGCUACUCGGGUGCCGACAUCAGCAUCAUAGUGCGCGACGCUCUGAUGCAGCCCGUCAGGAAAGUGCAAUGUGCCACACACUUCAAACGGGUACGAGGACCAUCCAGAGCCGACCCCAAUGUGAUCGUGGAUGACUUUCUAACCCCGUGCUCUCCAGGAGAUCCUCAGGCCAUUGAGAUGACGUGGUUGGAGGUUCCUGGAGAUAAACUCUUGGAGCCUGUGGUUAGCAUGGCGGACAUGUUGCGAUCGCUGGCCAGCACGAAGCCCACCGUGAACGAGCAGGACCUGGAGAAGCUGAAGAAAUUCACAGAGGAUUUCGGCCAGGAGGGUUGAGGAAGGAACUGAAGUGACGGGGUCCAGGAUUUCUAAAGUCUUCUCUUCCCUCUUUUCCUCUCUUUUUCUUCCUGGACUUCCUGUUGGACUGGCGAGUUGAAGGACAGCUUGGUAGAAGCCGAUCCGGAGCCUACAUGCACACGGAAUUACAUUUAUGAGUCUCAUUUUUCUAACAUUUAGUUAUUCUGGGUUUUUUAAAAAAAAAAUCAUUCUCGGUUUAUUUGGAUUCACUACGUCAACGCUGGUUCAGUCGUAAAGAUUUCGGACUUAUAUCGAGCACUAAUUUGCAUUGGGCUGAUGUUCAGAAUUUUCCCAUAAUGAUUAUCGGCAAACAUUAUAUCGCGGUUUACAAUAUUAUUAAAUGGCUUACAAGCACAUAGGACACUAUCUAGGUGGCACAAAAAAGGUAGUAACAAUGUCGUGCAUGCUGAAUAUCGCAGUACAUCACAUUUCUGAGUAUCGGCACAUGCCUCAAGUUGAGAAGUGAGUAGUGAUGAGCGUUAUUUGGAUUGUCAAUUUGUGGGCUGUGUUCCAUUUCUUACAUGAUGAAGCUUUCAAAUCUUGUUGUAGAUCCAAGUGCCGUUAGUUUACCGCAAACACGAUAUAAAACUUUAUUUAAAUAGCCAGUUUAACAAGAUGCAUCAAAAAUAUUUUGGAUCUCGGUAACUUUUUGCAUUUACCUUUGGCAAAUGCCCUUUUAGUCUAUGAUUGAAUGCCCUUUUUUGCGCCCUAGUCGACUUCGCCUUACAGCCCGAGAGUGUGCAACAUCAAUGUCACACAGUUAUCUCUAGCUACAUCAUGUAGCUGGUUUCCAUGGUGAUUUGUUCAGGCAAUUGCUAGCAAGAAGGAUGCAGUUGGUUUCUAUGGCUAUUUGUACUAGCAAGAGAAUGACUUACAGUUGGUUUCCGUGGUGAUUUGUACAGACUAGCGUUAGCAAAAAUGACAUGGUCCAUGGUGAUUUAAAUUUUUUUUUGUUUGUUUGGGUUAUCUCUAGCAAAAGAAUGACACAGUUGGUGUCUGUGGAGAUUUGUACAGGCUACCGCUAUACAGAAUGAGAGAUGGUUUCCGUGGUGACUUGUACAGGCUACCGCAAGCAAAAUUGAUGUAGCCAUCUGUAAUUCUGUAGCUGCAUAACUAAUGAUGCUAAUUGGCUAUUUUGUCCACAUUUUGAAAGAUAUUGAUCCUGUUAACACUUAGCAGCUUGGUCUGCCAUUUUGAAAAGGACGCUGCAUCAGACCAUCAUGAUCCUCAGGACUUCAAAGGGCUUAUCUGACGAAAGUAACACGAGCUGAUGAAAGUAAUGGAACCCAAGAUGGCGACUAAGGCAGCGGGGGUGUUAAUUCAGUUGUAAUACACUUGGGGUAUUUUUCUUUGAGCCAUCACCAUGCUAAGUGAGCUGUGCUAGCUAAUGAACAUGCUAAGUAUUCUAGCGGAAUGAAGUUGCAAAGGUGGCCCACCAUUUUGAUCUUGGCUAUAUUUUAAAAAAAUAUAUUUAAUUUCGUAAGAAUGCAACGCUUUGUAGGGCUUAUAACCAAACUGAACAGCGGCUUAAGAUGUCACGCAAGUGGAAAAUAUGAGAAGUCGACAAGGGCGCAUGAAACCUCAGAAUUGUUACAAUGUGUUGAUGGGUGUAGACCUUGUGGAGGUCACAUGACCGAGAAAACGGCAUAAGUUCAGUAAAUGUUUUGUUAUAUUACAGAAUUUGGUUAUCUUUAAUUAGUAUACAUCAAAUCAUAAAUAUAUUGUACCUUUACUUUCUUUCAAAUUGAACGUUAUUUCUGGCCAACAGUUAUGGGAUGUGACAGAAAGGCAUCUCAUGGUCUGUGACUUGUGGUCAUGUGACACCAAGCCAAUUUUUAUUUUAUUAUAUUCUUUGGACCAUCUUACUACAGCAAACUUGUGCCUUCAAUCCGUUUUUCUUUUACUUUACAUAAAAACAAACCAAAUUUUUGUGUACAUCAUAAAUGUUAAUAAACAUUUAUCGACGGCGCAAAAAAAUAAGAUUUGCACAUUCAUUCACAUUUAUUCUCCUUCCCUGUCUGUAUACAGCUACAGUCCUGUUCGCUUAUGGUGUUGGGUUUUCUAUAUAGCAAACUUUACAUGUUAUCCUUCAUAGCCUGUUUAUUUUUUGCUGUUGUUUAAACAUGACUGUUUAGAACAUUUCUGUUUCUGAACUCCAGGAGGUUUUGGUGUUGCUCAUUUACCUCUUAUCGUACACGUGUAAAUAAAAGCUGAGAUUGAAAAACUA